AUGGCUAGCACACUGCCCAAGCUCGCUAUUCCAGGCCAGCAACUAGGUUCAAUCACUUCUUACUUUGCAGGUCCAGGUACUCAUGUGAAGAAUGCCAAUAUUUAUGCAUCCAUUGCUGGGCCGGUGAUUAUUGAACAGACCCAGCCAAGCUCGAAAGUAAAAGCUAUUGUCAGUGUUUCGCGGAACUUGAACACACAGCCAGGACUCGUCGCGAAACCUACUCCCGCUCCCUCCACACCGGCAAAGACCACAGCCGCGAAGCCAAAGUUGAGGUACAAUACAUUGCCUGCAGUCGACUCGAUUGUCCUGGCGCGCGUUACUCGUGUGCAGAAGCGCCAGGCCACAGUGUCCAUUCUGGUCGUGCUAGACGCAUCGAGCAGUGCCCAGAUCCCGGAUUCCUCGAAGACAGCUUCCGACAACGACAACAUCGCCUCUAUCCUCACUUCGGCCGCAAACCCUGAGAACCAUAGCAACUCAGACGAGCUCCGCUUUCAGGCACUUAUCCGGAAGGAGGAUGUGCGUGCUGUCGAGAAAGACCGUGUCGUCAUGGACGAGAUGUUCCGCGUUGGAGAUAUCGUGCGUGGCACCGUGAUCUCCCUGGGCGAUCAGAGCUUUUAUUACCUCACCACCGCGCGGAACGAUCUCGGUGUCGUGAUGGCCCGCAGCGAAGCUGGUAAUAUGAUGUUCCCUGUCAGCUGGAAGGAGAUGAGAGACCCCGUCACUGGCGCAGCAGAAUUGCGAAAGGUGGCCCGUCCGUUUUGA